AUGACACACCCACCUACGGGCUCUAGCCCGUCUUAUCUAUCUGCCUCACCCAUCCGAUCAUCCCCUCUGACCGGUCCACCUCACUUCUCACCCAACCGCACGCCCUCACCAUCACCGUCAACGUCCACCUUCCCUCGCCGGUCAGACGGGUCCGUCUCCUCUUCACACAACCGGCGCUUCUCUCAGCCCGCAUCUUCACUCUCCCGGCCCUCCCGCUCGAUUUUCACCCCCUUCACACCAUCCUCCCCUCCCACCUCGACCAGUCCAACCCCCGACCCAUCGACCCCACCCUCGCACCCCGCCUCACCUCCUUUAUCUCGCUCUCAGCCCCUUCUCGGGUCAUACCAGCUCAGCCUCCUCCACUCCCGUAUGUCACGCACGCAAUCCCACUCGCUCGCGUCCAGCUCCACCGCGGGCUUCUCACUCCGGAUCGGCAGCGUUGGGAAGGGCCGGACCUGUCCUCCUGAACUCCGCGCUCCACCACCGCUCACUCUCCCAUUCUCGGCGACGUACUAUGAUCUUCUCGAUCCAGAGGGAGGAUCAAAGGCCGUGGGAGGCGCAGCACAGACGCCGUGGGUGGGCAAUAUCGACCUCGAACAGGUAUACUACGAGCGGUACUCGUCUCGCUCGCCUAGCCCCGAAGGCCCUAUCUCAGGGGAUCCGCCGCCAGAUCAUCCGGGGUAUCAGGUCGCUCCGAUCGGUCAAUUGCAGAUCAUCGUCAAGAGCGCUUUGGCGCCAUUACGGGUCUUUAUCGUUCCGUACGAUCUGCGGAGUCUGCUUGAUGGCGCAAGGCUGUUAGUGCGGGAACGCACAUACGUUGAGGCGGAGCACGGGGGAGGCUCUGUCUGUCAGUCCACGUCGUUGCCCUCACCAAGUACGGCCUCUCGGAGGGAGUACCUCCGAUAUGCUAUUCAACUCCAAUUCGUCUGCCUACCCUCCGUCCCUAUCUCGCCCCCAGCUACCGGGGCAUCGACAACUCGCCGUCCACGUCAAUCCGCACCAGCCACCACGUCCCACUUGGACCCCUCCCACCUCUCUCAUCGACAAUACUACCUGUCCAAAACGAUCAAGGUGAUCUUCAGUGCGCAUGCACCGAGCAGCACGGAGCAGCUCCGGACAGAGAGGAAAGAUGAGGUCGUGCCUCCCAGUGAGGUGUCGCUGGGGAGUGCCGGGAGGGUGGUUGGGUUCUCACCUGCCAGUGCGGGGGCGGGGAGGAAAGGAGGGGAAGAGUGGGCGAUGGUAAGGCAGAAAUGGAUCGCUAGGCGGCGGGUGCAGAAGGAGGAAGAGGGGGCGAAGGCUGAUGUGGGAGCUGGGGCCAAUGGGAAGGCGGAGGAUAAACAUAAGUUACAGCUCGUCUCGCCUACAGCUACUUCGUCUCCAUUACCGAUCCGCAGCCCUAUGGGCAUGUCCAACACAUCUCUCAUGCCCAUCAUGCCGAACAUGCACUCCGCUGGUCCCUCUCGCGCCUCCUCCCGGCCUCCCACACCCCACACAGAGGGCUUCCCUCGCGUGGCCAGCCCACCAUCGGAACCUGGGGCACCUUCGUUAUUGCAGAUGUCAAAGCCGGGUCAGGUACGGAAGGGAAAGAGACAAGGGAGUCUGAGCGCGGCGGAGCGGGAGUUGAGUGAGAGGCUGAGGUCGAUGGAAGUGCGGAAUGAGGAGGAGUAG